CCACCAAAGAGGAAGAGCCGCGGGGCGGUUCGGGGAGAGGAUGCUCGAUGCCCGGGGAGCCCAAAGGGGUCCCGUGUGGCCCCGGUGUGGGACAGGGACAGAGCCUGGGGAGGCCGCGCCGUCCGGGCUGCCGCUAACCCGCGUCUUUGUGGUCCCAGCGGAGUGGGUCUGGCCCGGGCUCACUUCGAGAAGCAGCCUCCUUCCAACCUGAGGAAGUCCAACUUUUUCCACUUCGUCCUGGCUCUGUAUGACCGGCAGGGGCAGCCCGUGGAGAUCGAGCGCACCGCCUUCGUGGGCUUCGUGGAGAAGGAGAAGGAAGCUAACAGCGAAAAGACCAACAACGGGAUCCACUACCGCCUACAACUGCUCUACAGCAAUG